UGAUGGCUGCCAAGCGAGCGCAAAAUCAACUUGGACGCGGGACGGGUAUCGCGUAGGUGUUUGAAACGAGCAGGGACCGAGCCGAGGCGAAAGGAAAGGGGGAAAAAAAGAGGCAACAUCGAGAGAAGAAAGGAACGCGGCGGUAACUCAUUCAGCAUGGCAAACGAGCUGAAAGAGCUCCGCGGGAAGCAGGGAAGCAGCUUUCACGUACGCGAUAAGUUCAGCGGGUGUAACGUACGCCGUGACCGCAGCUUGCAGCAGAGGCAACAUCACCGCAUGCGGUUGCGAACCGACCGUAAGGACGAGGAAGGAGUUGCCGGCAAAUGGCUGGGAAUGGGGCGGUUGCAGCGCGGACGUCACCUACGGGAUGAGGUUUCUGGACGCGAGGGAAGUCGAGGGUGACGCGAGGAGCCUGAUGAACCUUCAUAACAAUAAAGCAGGACGGAAGAUAGUUAAAGCUCUGCUGCAAACAGAGUGCAAAUGUCACGGCGUGUCCGGUUCUUGCACCGUGAGAACCUGCUGGCGAACCUUGCCUAGUUUUCGUCAGAUCGGCGAUGCACUGAUGAAAAAGUAUUACAGAGCCAGGCCCGUGAUAGCGAUUACCCCACCGCCACCCCCUACGAUGCAGAGUCUAGAUACGUUGCAUUCAACGUCGGCUGAAAUAGUGCCGAUCUUGGGGAACGACGCGAAAACUCAGGGAAAACCAAACGACGUUGGAAAGACUCGACACGAUCGACAACCCCCAAAGAAAGCAACGAAACCGAGGAGGCCACACUUGGUAUUAAAAAGGACAAAGUCAAGCGGGGGUUCGAGCGUGGGACAGAAAAGGAUUCCAAAGAGAAGCGACCUUGUGUUUUUACAACCCUCGCCUAAUUAUUGCGAGCCAGAUUUGGCGCAAGGUAGUCUAGGAACCCAAGGCAGAUAUUGCAAUCGUACUAGCAAAGGUACGGACGGAUGCGAUCUAAUGUGCUGUGGUCGCGGCUACAACACACAUCAAUUCACAAGAACGUGGCAGUGUAGAUGCAAAUUUCACUGGUGCUGCCGCGUGCAUUGUGAAACGUGCACAGAGCGUACCGAGGAGUACACGUGCAAAUAAACGUAUUUCGAACGUAUUGGCGAUUUUAACCAUGUAAAUAUAUGUAGUAGACAUAAGAAAUGGCGACGAGAGUUUCUCUACAUCGAUAUAUCCGCGAACUUUGUUGCAUUUCGUCGGAAAUUAUUCAACAUCGACCUCAACGUGCUGUUCCUGUAAAGUUAACGAGCGUAAUAACGGUACUCGACAAAGCGUUCCUUUUCCUGCUUAAUUUAAUCGACUUGUAUGCUUAAGACGACGAUAGAUACACGAUUAAAUUCAAUUUUUCUAAAGCUCUCGUUAUUUAAUGUGAUAGUCGAUAGUGCGUAAUUGUAGAGACGAUAUUCACUCUCUAUAUUCAUGAUAAUAAGCGAUAAAAUGCGAAAGGUAAAUGGCGAACUGUCGAACGUUUAAUAAGGGAUAGCUUUGAGAAAUUCGAAAAGCUUGAGUUACCCGUUUUGGAACG